UAUUUUGAGACACAAAAUAUCCUAGGCUAUAUAUUUUAUUGUGAUGCAUAACCCCAUGUGCGUAGUUUUUGUAUUAGAUUAUUUUUUCAUAGCGCCACUGCCUCAGAAAAUGUAGGUCAGUCCUUGAGUUUUGGGCGUUCUCUGUUUAGCCCAAUGGUUUAGCCUACCUUUUUAGGCACGCCCAGUCUCCCAAAUCACUUCUUUGCAGUAGGGCUGCUAUGCUGUCACUUGUAGAUUGAUAAGAGUUCACCUGGCGUGCUGCUACCACGCACUGUCUGCUUGAGAAUAGGUUUCACCAUCAGCAUCACAAAAUCGAUGUAGAAAUGAAAAACGAUGUGGAUGUAGGGGGAGCUUUAGUGUAGUCUAGCGCUGUAGUGGUAUUUGAUAACUGCGACGGCUCCCAGCAACAGGUGUGUUCUGUCUAGACAUUCAGGAACAUACAGAAAGACAGCAAACCCAAGUUUUCCCAAAUCAACUUUCCACCUACUCCUCCUCUAUACCCAGUCCCACCUCUCUCCCUCCCACCUCUCUCCCUCCAUCCCUCUUUCCUUCCCUCGCCCCACCUCUUCACCUUCAUCAUGUCCAGCGGAGCCCUGGGGCGUCUCAGCACCCUGACUCUGAGUGUGAAGCAGCUCAGCCGGCUGCCUCAUCUCUCCGACAUCCUCCCCUCUUCACUCCCCUCCCUCCCCUCCCCCAGCCCCACCGUCCCUGUCUCCUGCGUCCCCACUCUGUUCCAGGAGCCUUACAUCCUCUCCGGCUACCGCCCGGUGGGGCAAGACUGGCGCUGCUACCUCCUCAGCCUCUUCCAGAGACACAACGAAUCCCUCAACGUCUGGACACACCUUCUGGCAGGUCCCCUGGUUCUCCUACGUGUCUGGGCCUAUGGAUUGUCCCUAGACUCAGCGUCCCUGCCUCUCUGCCUGUACAUACUGUCUGCCCUCACCUACUUGUGUUGUAGCGUAGCAGCCCACCUGCUUCAGUCCCACUCCGAGCUGGCCCACUAUUCCCUGUUCUUCCUGGACUAUGUGGGUGUGUCUGUGUAUCAGUAUGGCUGUUCCCUGGCUCACUAUUUCUACUGCUCUGAGCCUGCCUGGAGGGAGAGCACCGUAGGGUUCUGGUUCCUCCCUGGCGCUGCCCUACUUGGCUGGUUGUCCUGUGCCAGCUGCUGCUUUGCCAAGUCACGCUACCGCCGGCCCUACCCGCUCCGGAGGAAGAUCUGCCAGCUGAUCCCCACUAGCAUGGCCUACUUCCUGGACAUCAGCCCUGUUGCCCACCGCCUGGCCACCGUACCCUGGGGACAGGACCCCGCUCUUCCGCUCCACGCCCUGCAGAUGGCCUUCUUCCUGCUUGCAGCCCUCUUCUUCUCCUGCCCUGUUCCUGAGAGGUUCUUCCCGGGGCAUUGUGACAUCAUGGGUCAGGGUCACCAGAUCUUCCACCUCUUCUUGUCUCUGUGUACUCUGUGUCAGCUGGAGGCCCUUUUCCUGGACUAUGGCAGUCGGAGGGAUACAGUGCUGCAGUUGUAUGGGGAGAGGCAGCUGUGGUUCGCCGGUGUAUCCUUCCUCGCCCUAGCACUAUGUAGUGCCCUGACCGCGGUUGUCAUGAGGAGGCAUGUGCAGAGACGACUGGAGAAAUGUGAAACUGUGAAACAGUGAGGAAUGGCAGGGAGAGGAAGAAUGAGAGACAUUUUCAGUGUUUUGAGAAUGAUCAUGUCCUGUAAAUGUAUAGAGAGAGACAGUAUUUAUCUAAGAUGAUGAGCAUCUUUGUAGCAGAUAAAGGGUUCUUGCCUUAAAAGAGCAUUUGAUUCCUGUACACUCUAACCAUUUCCUUCGUUGUUUACUUCCUGGACACAGGGUAAAUAUUUCUUUAUUGCCUAUUUCUGACUAGUUAUUGAUCCAUAAGCUUUGAUACAGUAGCCUGGUCCCAGAUCUGUUUGUGCUGUAUAGCCAAUGCCUAUGGACAUUGUCAUGCCAAAUGUACAAACAGAUCUGGGACCAGGCUAUUGAUUCGGUUUAUAUCUGAGGAACCCAUGAAGGGUGUUUUUGUGUUAAUCUUAAUGGAAUUUCACCCCAAAGUCUGUCUGAUAAAGAGUUAGUGAAAUUUUUAAAGCUGGAUUUCGGCUUUCCCUUUCAGCUGUCGGAGUGAGACUGGGCAGUCCAAGCCACGGGAUUGAGCAAACAAAGAAGUCAGUUUUAUUGAGCAGUGAACAGAACAGGCUGUGAUUUUGGCCAUAGUGACAGGCAGACUAUAGGCCAUGCAGAGCAGGACCUGGCAACUAGAGCGAGUGGGUUGAGGAUCAGGAGGGGAGCUGUGGGUGACGAGGAGUGAUGCUUUUAUACAGGGUGAACCUGGGUCAUAUUGGAUAUACUAGUUGGUAUUUUUACAAAACAAGCAAAAGCAUUGAUGCAAGACAAAUCUACACAAAGAAAUGUGUUGUGUGAUUGGAUCUAGACAUAUUUGUAUUACAUCAUAUGAAAAAGCCCAACAUCCAUAAAUAGGAUGACUCGCUUGGGAAUCUUCAUAAAAUCAACAUGAAUGUAGAAUUCUAUAGCAAGCUUGUUGUUUGUGUGGCCGAUAUUGAAUACCAGUAUUCUGAUUUUAGUUGACAUUGCAGUCCAUGAAAACCAUGACAGUACCAGGCAGGAAGAGAAAGCCGUUCAAACACUUCCUCUAAUACUGCUAUUGGUACACAGCACACUUCAUCAGGUUUCUGUGCACACCAUUGACCCUGGUUGCAUCUGUAAUGCCACCCAAUUCCUCAUAGGGCUCUGCAUGGUCAAGAGUUGUGCUUUCGGAAAGUAUUCACACCCCUUCACUUUUUCCACAUUUUGUUACAUUACAGCCUUAUUCUUAAAUGGAUUAAGUUGUUAUUCCGCAUCAAUCUACACACAAUGCCCCAUAAUGACGAAGG